UAUCAUCGAUGUAAAUAAUAACAUUUUGAAACAUCGAUGGUAAUAUCUUAACCAAAAUAAUACUUUAGUUUAAUCAAACUUUUUGAUUUCACAUCUGAAAUUUUGAAAAAAAUGUUUAAAUUUGGAUUUGCAAAAACUGCAACUGACGCUAAUAAAGAGGACAGUGAUAAGAAAGAUAAAUUAGAAUGGAUUCCUGCUUCUAAACUCAAAAUAACAUCCGAACAAAUCGGAACAAAAUAUGAGACGGAUUAUUAUACAGAGACAAAAGUGUUUCCUGAUUACAAUCUAAAAUUAAUUCGCUCAGAUAAAGUAAUAAAUGAUUUGACUAAACAUGAUUGUCAGAAUGUUAUUGAGGCUGAAACACAACAUUCCGAUCUUAUUCCAGCAAAGUAUGAAGGCGGAUUAAAAAUCUGGGAAUGCACAUUCAAUUUGGGUCAAUAUAUAUUGGAAGAGCAAAUCGAACUGAAAGAUAAACUCGUCAUGGAUUUAGGAUGUGGCGCCGGCUUGAUUGGUCUCAUUGCUCUUCUUAAAGAUUCUACAGUUCAUUUCCAAGAUUAUAACGCAGAAGUGUUAAGAUCUGUGACUAUUCCGAACGUGCUAUUAAAUUUUGACGAUCGUACGAAUAUUCUUACAAAAUGCGAAUUUUAUGCUGGGGACUGGGCUUCCCUUACAACGUUAUUUGACGAUGAUGAAAAUAAUAAAUAUGAUUAUAUUUUUACAAGCGAAACGAUUUAUAAUCCGAAUAAUCAUAAAAAGUUAUAUGAGAUUUUUAAGAGGAGAUUGAAAAGUAAUGGCCUUGGAUUUGUUGCCGGAAAAACCUAUUAUUUCGGCGUGGGUGGUGGAAUGAGGCAGUUCGAAAAUCUCAUAUUGAAAGAUGGUUAUUUCGAUGUGAAAUCUGUGUGGAGAAGUCAAGAUGGAGUAAAUAGAGAAAUCCUGAGACUCACGAGAAAAUCACGUUAAGAAUAUUAAAUAUUUGAUUAGCAAAGACUGAUUUUUAUAUAUAUGAAAGUUGUUCAUCUUCGCGCUUUCCCCAAUUCGAAUACAGCGAUUUUUUCUAUGGUGAA